AUGAAUGGUGAAGGUACGAGUAGCAGCAUUAAUAACAACAAUAGCAACAACAACAAUUCUUCUUCAAGCAAAAAACGUUUUAAACAAUUAAUCCAAUGUAGAAGUUGCAAUUGUUUUGUAUUAGCAAAGGAUAUUGAUAAACAUUCAAAAUUAAAUAAUGAAGCUACUACAACAACAACAAAUUUAUCAGAAUCUUGUAUAGUGGAAACACCUAAAUUAUUGGUACAUAAACGAGUAAACAAGGUGAAUAAAACAUUAAACAAAUGUUUGGAUGUUUUUCCGGAAAGUUGGGGGAAUGUUUUUGAUUAUCAAAACACAACAAGGAGUAAACGUCCAUCAUCAACCGGAACUUUUAAUUGUAAUAAUUCUGAUGGUUUUAUUUCUACCCAAAUAGCGUUAAUUGAACCAAACAAUGGAAUGGCUCUUGAAUUACAUUCUUUAAAAGAUGAAGCAGAUUGGGAAAAAAAUUUUCCUAUGGAAUUGUAUGGAUGGCUACGAAGGCAUUCUGCUUUGGUUAAUCCUGAAAUGUUUUCUGCAAUCUCCGCACUUGCUAGAACUGCUUUUGCUAUAAUUUCUGAGGAGAAUGAAAUACCUUUUGCUGUUGAUGUUGUUAUACUUUGGCCUUGUAUUGAGAUUCCUUUAAUGCAAAUUGCCUUCCCUCCAACAUUUCAACAAACAUUUAAUUGUUCUUCACUUAUUCGUCUACAAUUAAUUAAAUCAUUUGGACAACCUUUACAAAAUAUUUUAUUAAAGCCUGAUUUAUCAAAAAAUGAUAUAAAAUUACAAGAAUGGUCAAAAUUGGCAAAACUUGAAUUUUUUGUACAUUUUGUUAAAUGUUAUUUUGGAAAUGCUUUAAUUUUUAAAAAUUUGAAUUCGAUACAAAUUGAAUAUUAUGGACGCAAAUUAAAUUUUAAAAUUUAUUUUGAAGAAGAUGAUGAUGUUGAAAGGGAUAUUGAAAGAAAAAUGGAAUCAUUAUGCAAAAUUGAAGGUUUAUUUAAUUAUUAAUUAAAUUAAGAGAGAAGGGGGGGAUGCUUGAGGACGUCAUCAGUAUUUUUCGCAGCGAAAUCCUCAACUAGCAAUUUUAAUUUUAAAAUCCGCAAUCCGUAAGUCAAAAAAAACAAGCAAUUUUACGAAAUUGCGUUCACCCUUGCCUCCACUACGCUCU